CUCUGGUGUUGACAAUCCCAUUUUCAAAUUCCUCUCUUCAGUACAUCCGACGCUCCCAGCUCCUCACGGCUGCAGUAGCUCCCUCCCAUCUGUGCCUCACCACCAUGUCUCCUCGCCACGAACUGGACAGUCGCUCUGUCGACGCCAACGCCGACCUUGACAUGAUCAUGCAGAAGAACGUGCGCAAGUUGCGCAUGAAGCACAUCGCCAAGAAGAAGCAACAACAUCCUCAUUCGACGGCGCCGCUGCAACCAUUGGGGAACUUGCCGACGUUGUCUCCGACAAAAGACAAGCGUCACCACAAGCCUCAUCAGACGUUUUCGAAGAAACAACUCUUCGACGAAAAGGAGAACUCCGACGUGGCACCAUCGCACCCGAAGCAGCAUCACGAGUACGCUGCUCCUGUUGAAGAGAAGCACCGUCGUAACAUCACGAUCUUCGAUUGCGCCAAAAUCGUCAACAACAAGGGACGCGUAAUGACCCACGAAGAGUUUGACUUGGUGUCAUCGUCUCCAAGCAGUGUUAGCAGCAGUGCGUGCAGUACGACCUGUUCCUCCAUGAGUCCCUCGCCAAGCUCGCUGGGGAAGAAGUCGUCGUCGUUGAAGUUGACCAAGAAAGCGAUGAAGCAACCGAAGACGACCACGUCUGAAAUGCUCCGCCAAAUGGCAUGGGAGCAAAUGGUGCUCGAAAUCAUGUGCUCGUUGCUUCCUGAGAUCGAUGUCCUUUCCGAACUCAACCGAACGUUGGUUCAAUGCAGUCGCGCCGCCGCUUCCACGGAGUCGUCCUCGAUGGACUUGGUCGGCUUCCAGCAACAACUCCAUUACCACUUGAACGCAUUGCACAUCGAUAACACCGACUUGCCGCCGCCCUUCACAUCCGGCGCCAAGUUGGUCGACUUGUACGUGACCAAGUCGUUGGUCCAAUCCAUUGUGUUUGGCCUUAUGACCGUGUCGGACAAGCGUGCGCAAGGGUCGUUGUCCGCCAUUUCCAUGUCCAUCUUCGAACAAGUCCCCUCCCUUCGCCACGACAUGUUGUUGGCAAUCGAGUGCACCGCCGCGGAAUUCUACAACCUCCCCGACACUGUCAACUCCAAGUCGUUCAACGUCGACGGCAUGGUGCAUCUCACGGGAGCCAUCGUCAGCUUCCAACACGAUUUGUCCAUGCAAACCCAGCAAAACAUUUUUGACGACGACGAGGAUACCGUGAACGUUUCUUCCACGAACAUGACUCCCACCGACGAAGACGAUACCAUUUACGAACAUGCCGUGCGCAUCUUGGCGUUGUUUUGCCGUGCGUGGAGCUGCUACGGCGCCGCUACCACCGCCGCAUCAUCCGCCGACGCGGUGUUCUCUGCCAAUGCCAACCUGGCCUCCAACCCGACCGUGAAAGCGCUGAUCGCCAGCGUCCAAUUACUUGCGCAAGUGUCGCCGCACCAUGGUCUAGCGUUUCUGUCGGACACUCUGCUGCGGCGAUGGCCGUCCCGCAACACGUCGCGGCAACUGCUGUUCCUCCGCCUCAUCCCCAUGUUGCUGGUGCAGUUGGCGUCGGCCCAAGUGUACAUGGAAUCGUUCACCAAGGUCGUGUACGACUCGUUCGAUCGCAUCCAGCGAUGCAUCGUGGCCCCCCAUGUGCUCGUGGCUCGGGAAGCGUGUGCACUGUGCGACGACCUGCACCUGAUCCGCCUCUUUCUCCUCCGAGACAAAGCGCUGCUGGAUACCGUCACCACGGCGCUCCAUGUGAAUGCCCACCAUCACUGGAACAAACAGAUCCAAGCGCUGUCGGACGAUCACUUUGACUCGAUGCUCGACUUGGCCUAAAACGCCCUGAAAAACAAACCACCGUUAUUUAUUAUUUCAGGCCCCGUAUAAUAUUAUUUACCACACAACCGUGAAUUAAUUUAAUCACCAAGUAUUAAUAGGAAGUACGUAUAUGUACUGUAGUACUA